AUGGCGCCUGCGCCACCGCGUGCUCACGAUCCGGCCAAUGGCACUGCACCACCAGACACCACACCGGCUGCUUCGGAGAAGUUCGUCAACGGCAACAUGCUCGGCACUACGGAAUCGCCUCUCAGCAGUUCGGGCACCACGACGACGACGCCGAUGUUGACGGACAGUCAGCGAUCGCGCGAUGGCGAUACUGGCAUGAACAAGGUCGCUCCGAAGUUUUUCACUGUACGCCGUUUUGUCUUCUUCUGCGCGUUGACCGACUCGGCUCAGAGCAAGGACGACGACUCUAGUCAGAAUCUCUAUGCUUCCGUGGAUAGUAUUGAUGACGGUGGAUCGCAAAACAUCUAUGCUCCUCAGGUACGUAACCCUUCUCCUUUUGCUUUGAGGGCCAGACAUAGCUAG